CACCAUGAUUUUUAUCCGUACGAGCCUGUCAGCAUGACGAGCCUUGCUGCACCUACUCGCAACAAAGGAGUGCAAUCAUGUCAACUAACUCGUCCAUUCCAAUGUCUCCUUCGUGGAGAAGGACACUGAAUCACCAGGGCGGUCGUCCCUCGCGCGUUUCGUUGCAGUAUCGUCGACAAAAUAGCGAUUCCAAUGUUCUCACUGUCAGUAAAAGUGGUUUGGGGAAUAACAGCGGCGGCGGAUUCUUCGGUAAUUCUUGGCUCCUAACACCGCCUAACCUUUACUUGGGAAAAAGUUCAGGUGUUGCUUUACCAUCAACUGAUGUAUCCCCGACUUCAAACAGUCCUACGAACCCACAGGCGAAGACGAGUCCUUUCCUGGCGAUUGCAUUACUUAAGCUCGAGAAAGCCUUGCCCGAAUUCUGCACCACACUCACCGGGUCACACGCCGGAGCGUCCCAGGCUUGCGUCUUGUUGGAUUCCAAUGUUGCGACUGCCGGGUCACCCGCCAGCUCACGCCCGAGCAGUCCGAAAAUAGCGAAUAAGAAUGGUCACAUGAUGUCGAGCUCACCUCUUUCUCCGAAGUCCCCUCUAUUCAGCUGGUUAAGCUCAACGGGCUCGACCGCUUUGGAUAACCGCUUCUCUGCAAAUCCGUACAGCACUGGUUAUAAUGCGAAUACAAACGCAUCGACUACGCCGGCAACGUCUGCGUUGGCGUUGGAGGGUGAAUGGGAACAGUACAUUGGUCCAUUGCUCUGUUGGGCAGGAGCCGAAGUCCUCUACCACGAUAUGGUAUGGGUUGCAGACGAUGAUCGCAAUUUGGCUGCACGCAAUCUUAUUGGACUGUACCAACGAAUUAUUACGGACUUGGUUUUGGUACAACAGUUCCUGUGUGACCCCUUUCUCAACAGCAUUACGAGUAUUUCUUCUACGUCGUAUCAAGGUGCGGCCCGAUCCUUGUCAACGUCCAUGUCGGGAAUAGCCACGGUGUGCACAAUACGCAUCCAGUUCUUGGACUGGCUUUCGUCAUCCUUUUUUUCAACGGCGGAAUCGGAAGACGAAAAUACGCUGGUCGAGGUAUUAGAACCACUGAACGUUACGGAUUUGGGUGCCGCACGAGUUUGGAAAGAACGCCUUCAUGAUGAGUACCGUGUCUGGCAGCACGUUUCAGCGGCACGGACGGCAUUAGAAUCUUGCCGAUUCCAAGAAACGAUCCUUUCACUGAGCAGAUGGAAGCGAGAUUUGAAAGACGUAACCGAAACUCGAUUGGAUCGAUGGUUUAGACAAUCACAUCAAGACAUCAUGAGUCUCUUGCCCAUUUAUUUUGACCGCAUAGAUGCCUUUUCAGGACCGAUCUACGGCUUCGAUAGCCUGGCCUUAAAGACAAAGACGUAUGCGAAAGACUGGGAUGAGACUAUUCUUGAAUUUUUGAGGAAGCAAGACAAGGCAGGUGGUCCACCCACUGCAGUUGCCUUGGUUUUGGAUGCAAUUGCCACAAACAAUCGUCACGUGGAGAGAGGGUUUCAGCUGACUCUCACCAAAGAGCUACCCGAGGAUGAGGAACCGUUGCGUGUGAUCUGGCCAGCAAUCUAUUUGCGAAGCUCAGUUCAUUUGGCGGCAGCCACCACCCAACGAAUGUCACUUUCUGGGGUCCCUCAUGGAUCUGGUCUUCUCCGCAAAAGUGGGGCACCUUCUUCUUGGACAAAACCGGAUAGCCCGCGUGCAUCAAAAAAGGUGGUCAAGUGGAAUGUAAUGGAGUACGCGUCAGACAAUAGGGCGGUUGCAUCAUUCCCGCACUCGGAAUGGGAGGCGAUGGUCUCCCUCGUUCGAAACGAGCCGACAGUGGAGCGUGAACCGAUAUUAGCUGGACCGCACGUAAUACGAACGCAAUCUUUAGGACUUGUGGAACAGGCCCAGGCUAUCACCUUCCGAGACGAGGAUGCGGAAGACGAAGAAAAGCACAGUCGAGAUUCUCUUUUCUCGGUCGAGGAGGCCGCAAAUAUGUUUGCAACGACGACGGUCUCGGAAUCCACGAGGGAUACCCCAACUACUGACCAUCUACAGAGCGAGUUCCACGUGGUGUCUCUAAGCGAAUACAUCAGUAUGGUAGUUAUUGUGAAGGGCGAGGAAGAAAGUCGCUGGCAUCGCCGCCGCUCGAGGCUCCCAGAUAGUGAGAUACGUCAAUUCUUGGACGAGAUGGCAUUAGAUUUGCGAGUUGCCAACGUCUUUUCAUCAGAGCGCAUUCCGUCCGCCCCAAAGAAACUUUGGGCUACGGCCGAUACAUUCUUCGCACGAUACCUUAAGGGCUAG